GCGAGCCCAAAAACAAGCAGGACUCCGUCUCCCAGCUAGAAAACCUUUGACCGAACUCGCGAAAAAAUAAAAUAAAAAUGGAAGCGCUUCUAAGACAAGUCUUUGGCGACUCAUCGGACAGCGAAGACAAAAGUGAAGAGAAAGAAGAUUCGAUAGACGAUGUUGGAUGCCACUCAACCUCGGACCCAAACUACCCUACCUGGGAACCAAUCAAGGAAAUCAAUGGUUUAUGGUUGUGCCGACACUUUCUCUCCCCUCAUCAACAAUCUACCUUUCUCUCCGCUAUUCAAAACGAGGGAUGGUUCCUUGAAGCCUCCAACAAUCAGGCUAUGAGAUUUGGAGAUCUUCCAUCCUGGGCCAUUGAGCUCUCUAAUUCUAUUCGUGAGGUGGUUCUAUACGGUGAUCGUAUCCAUGAACCUCCUAGCUGUGCUGGCUCUGAUAGGGGUGAAGCCGCCUGCUGGCUGCCGCCUGAUUUGCUGUCGAGGGAACCCUUUUUUGAUCAACUAAUUGUAAAUGUAUACCAACCAGGUGAGGGGAUCUGUGCACAUGUUGACCUCAUGCGCUUUGAAGAUGGAAUUGCCAUUGUUUCCUUGGAGUCCUCCUGCGUGAUGCACUUCACACAAGUUGGAGAGGUCUCUGACUGUGACAAGGAACAACCAGAUCUGCCCAUGAUAAAGAUUCCUGUUUUCUUGAUGCCAGGAUCUCUAGUUCUACUGUUUGGGGAUGCCCGGUACCUUUGGAAGCAUGAGAUUAAUCGAAAACCAGGAUUUCAGAUGUGGGAAGGGCAGGAAGUAAAUCAGAAGAGGAGAACCUCUAUAACUCUGAGAAAGCUUUGCCAUGCCGAGUAGCAAGGCAAUAGCACAUUUUCAGCCAGAGCAUGAACUAAUUUCUUUUGCUUUUCCAAUUUUUUCCUCCUGGCAGCAUGUGCUAAUUUGGGGCUUGAGUUCAUCAGGAUAUCUUAGACAGUACAAAUACAUAUCUGAUUUAUAGCAUUUUUGGAAGAUUUGAUUCCGUUGUUUA